UCCCUAGCUACAGGAUUGCUCACUGCAGGAGGCCAUGGCCAAUUGGCCAUCAUAUAUAUAAAUAGCCUCCUGCGUGAGUGUGAGGUGUAAGGCAAAACAAAUUGCAUUGGAUCCAGAGCACUUGCAUGUUACACAUAUAUAUACAGCUUCUAUUGUAGUCCAACGAACAGCUAGCUAUUGUUGGCUAGCAUCACUCUUGGCAGCUUGGUUUUUAUCAAGAGUAGUAUCAACCAAGCACGCAGUGAUAGAUGGGCCGUUAUGCUUGGGGCGAUUGUAAGCCUACAGCAACAAUGCUGGCUGUUGUUGUUGUCUUUGCCGUGCUUAACACGCUGACAAAGAUGGCUUUCAACCAAGGGAUGCACACCACUGUACUCAUCACACUUCGCCAGUUCACUGCCUUCCUCUUCCUCGCCCCCAUCGCCUACUUCCGAGAAAGGAAGACAAGGCCUAAGCUGACACUAGAGAUCUUUGUGUAUCUCUUCUUCAGUGCAGUGCUUGGUGCCUCACUUACCCAAUGGCUAUUCUUCGUGGGGCUACGGUACACCACAGCAACAUUUGCAUGUGCCUUCAUCAACAUGACUCCCAUGUUCACUUUCGUUGUGGCACUUCCUUUUGGCAUGGAAAAACUGGACCUGAAAACUGGAGCCGGCGUAGCAAAGGUUAUUGGCACGACAGUAGGGUUCACUGGGGCAAUCAUCCUUGCACUCUACCAAGGCCCAUCACUGACCUCCUCAUCAUCUGCACCACAAGCAAUGGGUGCAGGCCACGGUGCGCAUAGAUGGGUGACUGGGUCUGUGGCCCUACUUGCUGCCGCAGCAUGUUGGUCCUUUUGGUUCAUCCUCCAGUCCAAGCUGGGGAAGAAGUACCCAGCACUCUACUCUGGAAAUGCCUUGAUGUUUCUGCUCAGCUUCCUUCAGAUGGCUUCUGUGGGGAUGGCUACAGAGAGGGACCUGUCAGUCUGGAUCCUCAGAACCAAGCUUCAGAUCAUCACGGUGCUCUUCGUGGGGAUAAUGGGGUCCGGAAUUGGUUUUCUGGCCAUGUCUUGGUGCAUCGAGCAAAGAGGGCCAGUCUUCACGACUGCAUUCACACCUCUGAUACAACUCAUAGCAGGUGCUAUCAACAUCGUCGCUCUCCAUGAGCAGCUCCAUCUUGGAAGCGCGCUGGGCUCUGCUCUUGUAAUUGUUGGGUUAUACUUGGUCCUCUGGGCAAAGACCAAAGAGGCAUCAGGUGCUGCCCCAUCCAGCAACGUUAACGUACUGAUGGUGGAAGAAAAAUCCAAGCAAGCAACAAAGCAGCAAGCACAGGAUGUAUGAAAAAAAAGGAUAGGAUCGGAGGAAUUGAAGUCUCAAUGCAACGUACCUGUGGAUUCAAGAUCUAGGAAAAAAGGACAAUGCAAGCUAGGGGUUGGAGUACUAUUUUAUUUGAUUUCCUCCGUCUCCGGAAACAAGGGAAUUCAAUUUCUGUUCUCGAAAAGAGAGACAUGCAAAGUCAAGGUUUUUUUAUAUGCUGCAAACCGGUCUAUAGCCAAGUCUCACCUGCAUGUAAUAAAGAAUAAUGACUGCCAAUGCAAAUGUGCAUUCACUGUAUUGGGAAUUUGGGAUAAUAUGGAUUA